GGGCUGGGGCGGGGAGCCGAAGCCGGAGGGGCGCUCCCCCGCCCCUGGAACGGAAUCCUCCGGGGAGCGGAGCAGGCUAGCGAGCGUGCAUCCCGCACCAUCCCCCGGCCCGCGGCCCCGGCCCGCGUCAGACCGAGCUGCCGCCGCCGCCACAGCAGCAGCAGCAGCAGCACUUGGGGAUCCGGGCCCAGCCGGGGCCGCGGGAGGCGGGGGCGCCCGAGCCCUGGAUGUCCCGCAGCGCGGCGGCCAGCGGCGGACCCAGGAGGCCUGAGCAGCAUCUGCCCCCUGCCCCCUGUGGGGCCCUGGGGCCCCCCAAAACCUCCAGGACGGAGCCAGCAGACGGGGCGGGCACCAUGAACAAACUACGGCAGAGCCUGCGGCGGCGGAAGCCAGCCUACGUGCCAGAGGCGUCGCGCCCACACCAGUGGCAGGCAGAUGAGGAUGCCGUGCGCAAGGGCACGUGCAGCUUCCCGGUCAGGUACCUGGGCCACGUGGAGGUGGAGGAGUCCCGGGGGAUGCAUGUGUGCGAAGAUGCUGUGAAGAAGUUGAAGGCGGUGAGUGAGGGGCUGGAGCAGGGGUGGGGCAGAAGAGGCAGCAGAAGAGGCCGCCCUGACCAUGCCCUCUGUCCACCUCCUCUACUCCAGAUGGGCCGGAAGUCUGUGAAGUCUGUCCUGUGGGUGUCAGCCGAUGGGCUCCGGGUGGUGGAUGACAAGACCAAGGACCUGCUGGUAGACCAGACCAUCGAAAAGGUCUCCUUUUGUGCUCCUGACCGCAACCUGGACAAGGCUUUCUCCUAUAUCUGCCGUGAUGGGACCACCCGCCGCUGGAUCUGCCACUGUUUCCUGGCACUCAAGGACUCCGGCGAGAGGCUGAGCCACGCUGUGGGCUGCGCUUUUGCGGCCUGCCUGGAGCGGAAACAGCGGCGGGAGAAGGAAUGCGGGGUCACGGCUGCCUUCGAUGCCAGCCGCACCAGCUUCGCCCGCGAGGGCUCCUUCCGUCUGUCGGGGGGUGGGCGGCCUGGCGAGCGAGAGGCCGGCGACAAGAAGAAAGAGGCAGCAGCUGCCCCAACUGCGGCUCCUGGCCCUGCCCAGCCUGGGCACGUGUCCCCAACACCGGCCACCACAUCCCCUGGCGAGAAGGGUGAGGCAGGCACCCCAGUGGCUGCAGGCACCACUGCGGCUGCCAUCCCUCGGCGCCAUGCCCCUCUGGAGCAGCUGGUUCGCCAGGGCUCCUUCCGUGGGUUCCCGGCGCUCAGCCAGAAGAACUCGCCUUUCAAACGGCAGCUGAGCUUACGGCUGAACGAGCUGCCAUCCACGCUGCAGCGCCGCACUGACUUCCAGGUGAAGGGCACAGUGCCUGAGAUGGAGCCUCCCAGUGCCAGUGACAGCGACAGCAUCAGUGCCCUGUGCACACAGAUCAGCUCGUCAUUCGCCAGUGCUGGAGCACCAGCACCAGGGCCACCGCCAGCCUCAACAGGGACUUCUGCCUGGGGUGAGCCCUCCGUGCCGCCCGCAGCUGCCUUCCAGCCUGGGCACAAGCGGACCCCUUCAGAGGCCGAGAGGUGGCUGGAGGAAGUGUCCCAGGUGGCAAAAGCGCAGCAGCAGCAGCAGCAGCAGGCGGCCUCAGUGCCCACUGUGCCCCCCGGCCUGCAGCCCUUCCCCGCCCCCGUGGGACCCUUCGACACUGCACCUGCCCAGGUGGCCGUGUUCCUGCCGCCCCCACAUAUGCAGCCCCCUUUUGUGCCCGCCUACCCGGGCCUGGGCUACCCGCCUAUGCCCCGUGUGCCCGUGGUGGGCAUCACACCCUCACAGAUGGUGGCCAACGCCUUCUGCUCAGCCGCCCAGCUCCAGCCCCAGCCCGCCACCCUGCUCGGGAAAGCCGGGGCCUUCCCACCCCCUGCCGCACCCAGCGCCCCUGGGGGCCAGGCCCGUCCACGCCCCAAUGGAGCACCCUGGCCCCCGGAGCCAGCACCCGCCCCGGCCCCUGAGUUGGACCCCUUUGAGGCCCAGUGGGCAGCGUUAGAAGGCAAACCUGCUGUAGAGAAGCCUUCCAACCCCUUCUCGGGCGACCUGCAGAAGACCUUCGAGAUUGAACUGUAGCCCGAGCCGUCCUACCUGUCCCAUCAUCUCCAGGUGCCCCACGCCUGGGAGUGGAGGCCCAGCCUCUCCCUUAGUCUUGCCCCCGGGACUGCGCCCUCCCAGCGACCCCUCUAACUCCUUCUCUUGACCACCUCCCACAACCACUACAGAACCGACAUUGUGAUGCCCAGGUUGCGACUGGAUGGAAUUCAGGGAAGGACCCAGCCUGGCUAAGGGACCCAUUUCUCUGCCAGACUUAGACUGGCACAGCCCCCUCUCCCCCAACCCCAGACACAGGGGGAUGGCCACAAUCCCACUGAGUGCCCUCGGUUCAAGCUACAUUUCCCAGUUUCUGUUGUUGACCUUCUACCUUCCAGUGUUAGGUGGGAUGGAGGAGGGAUGCUCACCUAGGGGCUCUCCUGGGCCCCAAAUGAGUGCCCACCCCAAGUCUAGUCAUUCCCCCCAUCCCCACACACAGCACAAGCAAAGGGCUUCCUUCUGCCCAUCUGCUGCAUUCACUGCCAAUGCUGUGCUCACCCCUACCACCCCUCCCCUCCCCUUGGGGGCCCACAUGUUCUUAGCACCAGGGUCUCAUGGGGGUAGGGGGCCAAGUUGGGGGCCCAGGAGGCAGGGUAGGAGGAAGGGGAAGAAGAUGCUCAGUUACCUCACGUCGGUGCCCGCUGGGGAGGGGUCCAGGAAGAAGGAAGGGGUGCCUGGCGGGUACUUUUCUAUCUUUUAUUUCCAGAUUUUUUUGUAUCUAAACUUGCAGAUUUGUAUUAUACAAGGACAGCCAAUAAAGGAGGAAUAUAAUGGUGCCCCUGGAGAAAGCAGGGUGUGUGUCCAGGGGCAAUGGCGU